AUGGCUUCCAAGAAAUCCAAGAAGUCCAAGGCUUGCACAACUUCCUUGCGCAAUGAUGGGAACUGGCGCACCUUAUUUGAUCUUCCAGCUGAGCUUAUCGAUAUCAUCUUCAAAGAGUUCUCAGUUAAGACCUUGGUGGUCAUCACUCGCGUUUGUCGCGCCAUCCAGAUGAAGGCUCUCGAAAUCCUUGAACGACGUCUACAUACCCUUCUCCGCCAUGAGUACCAGGAUGUGUUUCUACGUCUGGGCUGGUACACCCCCAUGAAACGCGUAAAGAAGCUCAUCACUUGGGAGUAUAACAAAAUGGUAUCCCUAAGUGAUGGAGAUCCUCACAACACUGAUAAGGACCGCAAACCUCCCCUGCCCAGCGUGGACAAGUUCUCAAUUUUCGGUCUCGGAGGCUUUAACGGAGAUCCAUGGUUUGAUGCUGGUAGGAAAUUGCGGUGUUAUGAUGAAGAUGACUGGUUUGAAUGUUGCAAUACUAAUAUGAAUGGGGAUGCAGAAGAUGAUAUCAAUAUCACAGAGAAUGUGUCGCUAGACUGGAACGAGGACUUCGUUCAGUUCCGUCUGAGAAUGUAUCUGGAAGAGCGAUCUGGAAGGUCCAAGCCCCACAAGAUCGAGAAUAAGAUGAUCCGGAUCCAUCGCGACUGGCUGGACCAGUGGGAUGAGAAGGGGAAGCAUGUCGACCACCCGAAUGAGUAUCGACUCAUGGAGCAUUUGGUCUGGUUCGACGAUAAGAAAACCAUCGGCUUGCAGCUCGCAGUUGAACGAAAGAAAGCCAGUGAUGGCCAUGGAACUGAUGUGUAUCAUGUAUAUCUUGGAAAUAUAUGGCUGCGCACGUUCAGAUUGCUCUUGGAAGAUGAGGCUGCAGAGAAAGGCUUCGAGAAAAAGAAGAAGUAG